UACCACUCUACGCUCCUUCUUCAUUGCCUCUUUUCAUCAGUCAUCAUCUCUGCAAGCCUCGUUCCUGCAUAUUGGAUGCACGUCUAAACUCAGUCCUUCAAUCAUAACUUCCCUAUUGGACUGCGGGGAUGGAGUCAAAUCAAGUCCAGCGAAAUGCCCCCGGCAGCAGCACUACUGACACGGAAGCCCUGCUAGCCGGCCUGGGCCCCGAAGUGUUUGAGAAUGCCAACACCAUCACCAAGUGGCUGUUGUCACAACCCACAGAGUCGCUCCCAGUCAUCGCACAAGCAGUGUUUGCCAAGCUGUUCAGCAACGCCUCCGAGUCUCGCCAGUAUCACGGCAACGGCCACGAUGUGGUCAGGCUCUGCAGUUUUGUUCAGCAAUGUGCCAAGGCCAAGGACGAGAAGCUGAAGGAAUGGGCCUUCACCGAGCCCGUCUCAACGAAGCUGUUCCAUUUCUACCUUGAGUGGUAUGAACACGACCCUCAUCGUGCCCUGAGACUGAUUCUCGAUGUCCUUGUGGCUUCGGCGACCAUCAAUUCCAACCCUGAGACAGGGAAGGCAGUGAAGGAACACAUUCUCAGGACCAUCGUGGAGAUUGUCACUCGCAAGUCUGCCAUGCAACUGACCAAGUCCGGUCUGCAGUGUCUGGACCACUUCUUGAACAAAAAGGUUCUGUCUCUCGACGAUGUUGCUCGCAAGUAUCGUGAGGUCGACGCUUCUGUGGCCGAUCUACCGCAUCUCUCGUUGUGGAAGUCUUUUGUCUUUGAGUUGUUCUCGUGGAUGGAGCUUCCCUACGUUUGCCCUCAUGCUGGCAAAUGCCUUGUGCACAUUUUCAAGGGCUUGACUAGCCAAGCUGCUGCCCAAGAGAGCGAAAAGUUCACUGUCGAGGUCUGGAAGACUUGGCUACAGGAGGCUGUGGCCCAAAGACCAGCAGUCUUGGAGGACAUCAAGAACUACGUCCUGGUCCCCAUCUUCAAGACUGACAAGGUCGAGUCUCUAAAGCUGCUUGAGGCGUUCAACCGCAGCGAGAUCCCCGUCGGAUCCACACAGGAUCUGACCGAUUUAACUCUUUUGCUCCAGUUGGCGACACUCGAGACCGGCAAGCGAUUCGGUCUGGUGGAAGAACCCAGCAAUGAUGUCGACGCUUCUCAGUCUUCAAGCAAAGUCAUUCUUCGGGACACCGUCCUCGAAAGCUUCCUCACCCACCCUUCCCUUUCCGUCAGAUCCAGCGCUUUCUCCUUGCUGGUCUCAUCCCAGGCCACUACGAAGCCCUUCUCCCGGAUAGCGUUCGACCUACUCAGGAAACAUCUCGCCGCUUUUCAUGCCGACUUUGACGCCAAAUUGCGCAAUGAGGUCCUCGGCUAUACCAAGAACCUGAUCCGCCGGGUCAAGAACGUCAUCUCUGUCGCUCAAAGGAGUCUUACCCAAGCAGCCAACAAGCAAAACCAGGCAGCUGCGGACAAGGACACAACAUCAUCCAAGAAGAAGCCCGCUCCCGAGAACUUGUUGAAGAAUCCCGCCGAGGCGAAGGAGGUACUUGACCGCCACGAAGCAUUCUUCUCUUGGUAUCUUGAGUUUCUGAAGGGUGAACUUUUGCCCACGGCGUCCUACCAACGUCACAUUACAGCUAUGAGAGCGGCACUUCUGGCUUUGAAGGUUGGAAAGCACGCCGGUGCCACGGAUGAUGCGGUUGAUGAGGACGUUUCCAAGUCAAUAUCCUCGGAUUUCACUUGGAUCCGCCUCCUUCUGGAUCUUCUCUUGGACCCCUUUGACGAUGUCAGAGACUCCGCCUCUAACCUUCUGGGUCUGUUCUCUCAAGAUAUCAUCAAGUCUCCGGCACAGCCCAAUCUCAACAGCAAGACCCAACUCGAGGUUCUGCAAGACUUUUGCCUAAAAGCCCGGGCUUUGGCAGACAGAACCGGCCGUGCUGAUCAUGGUGACGGCGCUGCUCGUUCUCAGGGACUUCUGUGCCGAUGGUUGGAUGGUGCAGAUCUCCAGAUUGCUCACAUCUCCAAAAUCAUCGGUGGUCUUGAAGACAAGGUUGCAAAGGCAGAGAAGGAUCUGGGCCAUGCUGCUAUUGAGAACCCCGUGCAUCCAGACUUUGCCGCCAUCAGCUAUGCUUGGCCUGUGCUGGCUAAGGAGACCUUCUCCGAAACACAGUUGGAAGCUAUCCAUCAACUAUACCAGCGCGUCUUCGACUGUGCCAAGCGUAUUUGGCUAGCAGUCAGACAUGUGCUGUGCGAUGAUUCUCCGGAAGGCCACUUGCCCGAGGAAAUGGAGGAAAUUGAGGGUUUGGACACUAAAGACCUGUUGAGCUACAGCUUCCGCGCAGUUCACGAGUCGAGCAACCUGUUGCGACUGAUGCUCCAGACGUUGCGUCUCACUCCAGGCCCAGGAGUGCCGUUCCCUCCUUUGGCCGUUUUCCAAGAUACCGGCUACUUGACGUUUGAGCAGCUUUCCAGCUUGAGACAUCGUGGUGCUUUCUCUACGGUAUCUCUUACUUUUACGACAUGUUGCCAGCUUACGCAAAACCUCCCCAUUGUCUUCCCCGAGACUGCUGGGUCCAACACUUUGCUUCGCGAAUGGUACAAGGGCACAAUCAACUGCAUCAUGAGCCAGGCCUCCACCACCCGUCGCUCUGCGGGUAUUCCGUCUCUUGUUGCCGGUAUCCUGACAGCCAACGCCGAGUCACCCUCGUUCAACGAGGUUUUCAGUGAACUCGAGGAGAUUGGCAAGAAGCCGGUCACGCAGGCGGAAACCGAUGGAUCGAACUUGCCACAAGUACAUGCUCUGAACUCGCUUAGAGAAAUUUUCAAGAGCUCGUUGUUGAGCAAGAAGGCCGAGGCUUACCUGGCUAGGACUUUGCAGCUGGCUGCAAACAACCUGAAGUCUGAAGUAUGGGCCAUUCGCAACUGCGGUCUCCUGUUGCUGAGGAGUCUGAUCGAUUGCUUGCUUGGAACGGGUGAGAGCAAGGCCAUCAUUGAGUCGGGUUGGGACGGUGUCUCCGUCCGCAUCUCUUACAACAAGUACCCAACGCUUCCAGGUGUCAUUCUGGGGCUCCUAGAGUCUGCCAACAAGGCUCUUGGUGAGGAUGCAAAGACAGCCGCGGCGGAGGCCGUUUUCCCGGCAUUGGACAUCAUCCGUCGUGCUGGUCCCCCUGAGUCUUACCGCGCCGAACUCCAAGGUCAUAUUGAAGGCUACCUCGAUAGCCACCUCUGGCACGUCAGAGAAAUUGCCGCCAGGACGCUCUGCUCCUUCCUCCUUCAGGGUGACUGGGUCGCAGAGAUUCAGCGGCUCCUCGAGGAGUCUGAGGAUCGCGCCAACCGUAUCCAUGGUGUCCUCCUGCUGACAAGAUUCGUUCUGGAGCGCAAGACCAGCUUGGGCGCUGACUUUUCCGAAGACACAUCUAAGCUCAAGGUUCUCCUCCGCAGAUUAGCAGAUGAGAGUGACAACUUCAAGACAUGCCCCAUCGUCAAGGCGGCCUACCUGGAAAUCUUCAACAUCCUGGCGAGCAUCGAUCCCAUUGUCAACCAGUCAGCCCUUGAACUCAUCGCCAUCACUCCGGGUUCCGAUUCAGCCACGGUGAUGGAGAAGACCAAGCAAUACCCAUCCUCGGCACUCCUAGAUUCGGAAGCUGUCAUCGCCAGCGUCUACCACGCUGCAGCAGUUGCCGACACCACGGUCCUACGGGCGCUCUUCCUGCACACCCUCAGCAAGGACAUCAACACCACUCACCGAAUGCUCGAGAUGGUCCCUGCCGCCUGGAAGGCCAUCACCACCCCCGAAGCCAUCGAGGGUUUCUCCAACCUCUAUGCCGAAGUUUGCACCACCACCGCUGCCACCCCCGAUAUCAAGGCAGCCGCAAUCACCAACCUCAGCGAUCUCAUCGACUCCCUUCUCCAGCAAGGCCGUCAAGCCGAGCUUCUCAGCCUCCCCUUCAUGGCCACCAUCGAACAAACCUGGAAGGGUCUCCAACAAGGCGAGAUCAACCCCAACCUCUCCUGCGCCAUCAUCCGAGCCAGCGGCUCCCUCAUGGCCGCCCUCGCCCUUCGCAGCGCUGCCACCACCGGCGGCGAGAUCGACAGCCAAAUGGCGCAGCGCGUUCGAGUCUGGGGCGCCAUGAUCGCCGACGCGCUCGACAUCGACAACACCUUCGACACGCGCUACGCGGCCGCCUCCUCUUUGACCUCCUUCUUCACCGGCUUCGUGCCCGCAACAAGCAGCUGGUCCCCAGCUUUCCUCCCUGCGCUCUCGGCGCUCUACGACGCCCUGAUCGACGACGACGACGAGGUCCGCGAUCUGGCCUCCGCUGCUGCCGCGCCCGUUGUCGGACAGCAGAUGGUUCCUCCCUCAGCGGCUGAUCGUCUGGCGGUCUGGAUGUCCGAGACGUUGUUCGGCGAGGAGGAAUUCCAAGAUCACUUGGUGUUCCGUCUCACGACCGGGAACUCUUCCCCGGUUGCUGGAAAGGAUGAGGAAUUGACCUCCGCGGCGGAGCAGCUCCUGACCGCUUUGCAGUUCGAUGACUCGCUGUUUGCCACUGAGGAGCAGAAUCUGUUUAUAGACGAGGUCAGGGAGACUAGACGCUGGCAGCGGGAGCUCAUUUCUCGUGCUGCUUCCGCCACGUCUUCUGAAAUCACGUCCGGGCCUGCGUUCGCCAAGCUGAGUAAGUGGACGGAGGAAGGGCUGAAGUACCUGGUUAGACUGGUUCGGGAGAACAAUGAUGGGCCGUUGGGGUGGACGAGCGAUCAGCAUGUGUUUGCGGCUUGUGCGAGGGUGUUGCUUUGCGCGGUUGCGGUGGUUAGGGUUGUUGGCGCCGAGUCGGCUGUUGGGGAGGCGUUGAAGACGUUCAAGGAGGUUGGCGAAAAGGGAGGGUUGCAUGGUAGUUUGUUGGAGAUUGCGGCGGUCUUGUGAACGGGGUGUGUCUAAACGGUGAUGGUGAUAGAAGUGUACUAGAACACACGAAAAGUCUUCAAUGGUGUUGUCUU